UCCAGUGUGCGGCCACCAGGGGGCAGCCUCGCGCUCGCCUCGGGCUGCUUCGGGCCGCUUCCGGCCGCGCAGGCGUCGUGGGCCGCGAGCCGGAUUUGGUGGUCGCCGGGUCUGGUGGUCGCCAGAAGGAAGAUCCUAUCUGCUGUGUGGAGAAUGGAUUGGAACAAAGGAAGGCCGUGCAGGAAUCCGAUGUAGAAGCCCAGUACUUCCAUAGGCCAGAAGACACCACCACUUCUCCUGGGAUGGAAUUACAGAGGUUGGGAGCUGCCAUGUGGGACCCAGCGCACCACUGAGGGACCCAGGCACGUGGAUGGGGACCCGGCUGGGAGAAGGAAGAGACCGCUGAAGGAACUGACAUGGGACAGCCACAUGGAGACAGGAAAGGUCUCCCCCACAGAGAAGUCCCCCGGGGCGUUGGGCUGUUGCUGGCCAUGGCCCUCAUGAACGUGCUCCUUUACCUCUGCCUCGACCAGUUUGUCAUUUCCCCUCGAGCUGCGGAGGACCCCAGGCGCUGUCCCCACGGGUACUUCAGGAUGGGACGGAUGAGGAACUGCUCGCGCUGGUUGUCCUGUGAGGAGCUGAGGACGGAAGUGAGGCAGCUGAGGCGCGUGGGGGAAGGAGCCGUGAAGAGAGUCUUUCUGUCCGAGUGGAAGGAACACAAAGUUGCCCUCUCGCGGCUCACCAGGCUGGAGAUGAAGGAUGACUUCCUCCACGGACUGCAGAUGCUGAAGUCUCUGCAGAGUGAGCACGUGGUCACGCUGGUUGGCUACUGCGAGGAAGACGGCACUGUUCUUACCGAAUAUCACCCCUUAGGUUCCUUGAGCAACCUGGAAGAAACACUAAACCUUUCAAAGUACCAGGAUGUGAACACCUGGCAGCACAGGUUCCAGCUGGCCGUGGAGUACGUGGGCAUCAUUAACUACCUGCACCACAGUCCCCUGGGCACGAGGGUCAUGUGCGACUCUAACGACCUGCCCAAAACAUUGUCCCAGUAUCUUCUCACAAGCAACUUCAGCAUCGUGGCAAACGACCUGGAUGCCCUGCCCCUGGUGGACCACGACUCUGGGGCACUUGUGAAGUGUGGCCACAGGGAGCUGCAUGGGGACUUUGUGGCACCGGAGCAGCUGUGGCCUUACGGAGAAGACACGCCCUUCCAAGAUGAUCUCAUGCCCUCCUAUGAUGAGAAGAUUGACAUCUGGAAGAUUCCGGAUGUCUCCAGUUUCCUUUUAGGGCAUGUGGAAGGGAGUGAUAUGGUUCGAUUUCAUUUAUUUGAUAUCCAUAAGGCAUGUAAGAGCCAGAUCCCCGCAGAAAGACCCACGGCUCAGGAUGUUCUGGACACUUACCGGAAGGUUUUACAUUCACUCAGGGACACGGUGACGUCUCAGACAAAAGAGAUGCUGUAAAGACGGACCACUGAGUGACAGACUUGACGGCUGAGUGGCAUCCCAGAUGUUCUACUCUGGAUGGAAGCGCUUCCGUGAACUUUGUGUCUUGUUGGCUUUGGUUGUUCAGCCCUGCAGACUCUCCCCUGCAUCUGCCUGCACAUCUGCCUGCACAUCAGAGUGUAUGCUGGUCUCCUGGCAACCUGGAUAGAAGUUGCCAAGCGGGAAAACCUUGCUUUGCUGUGCUUCCUGGUGAAGAUGCAGAGAAUCUGUGGGUCUAACAGUGUUUGAAGGGAGUGAUUGAUGGAACAGUAAUCACGUAGACACCUUGCCUACCCUGGUAACCGUGUUUAUAGACUGGUAAGAAGUGGAAAUCUUUAAAUGACCACGUGUGAAAAAAACAUACACUAGUUCUUCAGGGAACAUUUUCUCCUAAUUGAAGGAGAUACAUUUCCCCCUUGAGAAGGGGAUAGAUACCACAGGCAAAAGAAGUCCUGUUGGAAGUUGGAUAUAUAUAGCUCAGUGGCCGGGCACUUGCAUGGUUCUGUGCAGAGCCCUGGAUCUGGCCCGUCACAUGCUCGUACACACACUCGAAGACCAUUUUGGGUGUGCAAAGUGCACCGCUUGUCAGGGAGAUCAUUGUCAGUGUUGGGGAUGAUUUUCUGUGAAGCUCCCGUGCUCGCUCCUUCCACUGAGCCAAGUGUGCUCUGGCAGCAGGCUCUUGAGAUUGUGAAUGGCUAGGAAUGUUGGGACCAGCAAGUUGAGGGAACUUUCUUGCCUGGUUUGGAUGGUGCUGACCUGGGGUUUCUGUGUGAACGUUUGAUAUCCAGUGUCCUUCUUCACUAGAAGGUGUUGCAUCUCCCUGGGUUUGCACAACUGAAUAAAAAAAAAAAAAAAAAAAAAAAAAAAAAAAAAAAGAAAGAAACAAAAAACAAAAACAAAACAAAACAACAACAAAAAAAAACCUGGAGCCAGGAAUGAUGGUACACGCCUGCAAUCCUAAUGCUGGGAGACAGAGUGGAGGAACUAAGAAUUCAGGGCUAUCAUGGGCUGUACCACGACCCUGUCCAUCCACCCCCCACCCCCCAAAUAAAAAGGGUCUCUCCCAUGGUGCUGACAUCCUUAUUUGGGGAGACAUGAGAGAUGUGGUGUGUAUUCAUGGUCACUCGUGAUGUGCCCCUGUCUUCCCCUGAACCUGAGCAGGCAGCAGAGCCACGUGGAGUCAUCACAGAUGGGGGCCACCUCAGAGUCUCUAGCUUCGCAGGGUCCAGAGCGAAGUCCACAAAUUUUCAUUUGUGACUGGUUCCCCCGCCCCUAACGUUUCGUUUCCCUUCUCCCCUGGGGACCACCAUCCGAGACACAUGUCCCCCUCGGGAAGGGGAUACCACAGGCAAAGGAAGUAGGCGGAUCACGCUGCGCUGUUUUCUGUAGCCUGUGGCUGCCUAGCCACCUGGUAUCUGAACAGUCACUGAGACGCGCACAGGGUUCUCCAUUCACUUAGGGUCGGUUGUCUGACAAAAACUCCACCAAAGCCCACUGGCUUCCAGAUAUUGACAAGUGUUGGCCAGGAUGCGGAGUAAUUGGAACCCUCACCAUGUUGCUAGUGGGGACUUAACUGUGCAGAAGCAUGUUGGGGAAAAGUCAGGCAGUUCCUCAGAACAAUAAAAAGAAUUAUCAUGUGACCCAGCAAUCCUUCCAAGUGUACACCCGGAAAGAUUGAAAUAAUGAAAACAUGUUUACAUUAUCCAUGAACACUGAUGGUACAAUUAUUGAUAAUAGACAAAUAGAAAAUAACCCAGUUGGUUGGUCAGUCCUUUUAUAUAUCUCCAUAUAGUAGAAUAUUAUUCAGCCUUAAAGAAUUACAUUCUUUUUUUUUGCUUGUUUUUUUGAGACAGGGUUUCUCUGUGUAGUUUUGGUACCUGUCCUGGAUCUCGCUCUGUAGACCAGGCUGGCCUCGAACUCACUGAAAUUGGCCUGGCUCUGCCUUCCGAGUGCUCAGAUUAAAGGUGUGCGCCACCGCU